UGAGUGACAGGAGGAGGCUCCCCCCUUCCGGUGUGUCUGUGGGGGCGGGACCAACGGCCGGUCCUGUUUGGUCUGCAGGUUUUGAGAUUACAGAACUUCACAUCCGAGAUCGAGACGCAGUUCCACACAGGAAGGAAGCAAGCAGGCUCAUCAUCCACCCACACCAGGAGUCACCUGGCCAGAGCUCUUCCUCUGAGAACCUGCCGACCAGCCAAUUUGGUCCACCUACUCGUUCUCUGACCCAACGGCUGUGGGAGCGUUCCAAUUCGGGGCAUUGUUUUAAUUUAAAAAAAAUGAAAGUCUGAUUUGACUCUGUCAAUGGACCUAAUUAAGGAGAGCUUCUCUCUGAUGAAUCUCAAAAUCAAGAGAUUUCUGCAGCAAAGAUUUAUCAGCCUCAAGAACCCCAAUGCCAGCCGUUUUAAGAAAACUAAAGCAUCUGGCUAUAUACAUGACACUCCUGAGUGGAGGGGGAUGCACGCUCAUGUAUUACCUUAUGCAGAAAAACUUCGCCAAGUCCGAGUUCUACCAGUUGGCUCUCGAGGAGCUGAAGAGGCAGCCUGCUGUACUCGAGGCCCUCGGCGCGCCUCCCCUCAAGGUCCAUCACAUCAGCUUAACUGACGGGCACAACCGAAUCGAUGUGUCGGGAGCCCAGAUAAAGGUGCCCGUCUCUGGAUCCAAGACAGCUGGCGAGCUGUACAUCCACGCCCUCAGGGAUGUCCCCAGGAAAAGGUGGAAUCUGCAGGAGGUCAUCCUCAACCUCAGGGACGGCCAGCGAGUUCCCGUGUACCGGGCCGAGGUGGAAAGCGAGGCCGGGGGAAUGGCCUCUGAGCCCCCCGAAGUGUGACGGAAUCUGGGCAGAGUGGCGUCCUUUUCGGCCAGAAGGCAAGGCUCGCUUCAGUGGAGUGGAUCCGUUUCCAGCCUUCUGGUCUCCCUUCCAGGGGAAGGCUUUGGAGGGAUUUUGAUUAGACUGAACCACGAGCAUCCGGUAUGCCUUUUUGAUGCCAUUGUUUAAUCGGGAGGACUCUUCCCUGAGCUUAUAUUAAAAUAUGAAUAUAUAAAACUCUUUACCCAAUCCC